AAGUAUGUGGCUGACCACACCGUAUGACCAUCUAUUAUAAGGAUUACUUCGUUAGUGUAAUAGGGGUUAUUUAGCUAGUGUUAAAGGGGUUAUUUUGUUAAUGUAUUAGGGGUUAACCGAUCAGUAUUAUAGGAUUACUUGAUUAGUGUUAUAAGGAUUAUUUUUUUUUUUAAUUUUUAUAAAUGAUCAUACGAUAUGGCCAGCCACACACAAAACGCAGUAUACUCGACUUUAACCUAACAUGAUUAACAUCACAUAUAAAAACACAUAUUCUAGUACAUGUACAAUUGUUUCCCGCUACACCAAAGAAAACACGAAAAAUGGCACAUCUUCCCUCAUCCCUUCGUUCUCUACUCAACAUCAUCCAUCGUACUUGGCUUCUUCCCAAACCCUCUUCUUCACUUCCUCUUCUUUGCAGACCCAUUUGCUCUAAACCCUCCUUAAACCCUACUCAAGCUCUCAAUUCUCAAUCUUUCCCCUCUUCAAAUGGGAAUUUGCUGAUUUUGAAGCAUGAUGAACGGAUUUCUGGGUCUUUUGAGAAAACCCAUGUGGCAGUUUCGAGUACAAUUGCUGCCAUUGUUACUUCCAUGGGUGGUCCUCCUGCUGCUGUGGGUAUUGUUAGGUUAUCGGGGCCGUCUUCGGUGGAGAUUGUUCGAAAGGUGUUUCGGCGAAUGAAGGAGAGAAAGAAGAAGGAAGAAGAGGGUAGUUGUUUGUGGCAGCCUAAAAGCCAUGUUGUUGAAUAUGGUGUGGUUGUGGAUCAUCUUGGCAAUGUUAUUGAUGAGGUUUUAGCGGUUCCUAUGCUGGCUCCAAGAUCAUACACUCGUGAGGAUGUGAUUGAGCUCCAGUGCCAUGGUAGUGAAGUAUGUCUUCGUCGUGUGCUGAGAGCUUGUUUAGAUGCAGGUGCAAGACUUGCUGAACCAGGUGAGUUUACUCUUCGUGCUUUUCUGAAUGGUCGCUUAGAUCUCACCCAAGCAGAAAAUGUGGGGAAGCUUAUAACAGCAAAUUCCGUGGGCGCUGCUGAUGCAGCACUUGCUGGAAUCCAGGGGGGUUUCUCACAUCUUGUCAAAUCAAUCCGAAGACAAUGCAUAGAAUUACUUUGUGAAAUUGAGGCGCGUCUUGAUUUUGAGGAUGAAAUGCCUCCAUUGGACUUGUUAUCAACUAAAAAUAAAAUACAUGCUAUGGUAGAGGAUGUACAAAAGGCACUGGAAACUGCCAACUAUGACAAGCUUCUACAAUCAGGACUGCAGAUUGCAAUUGUCGGCCGGCCUAACGUUGGAAAAUCAAGCCUUCUGAAUGCUUGGAGCAAGAGUGAGAGAGCUAUAGUCACUGAAAUUGCUGGGACAACUCGGGAUGUUGUUGAAGCCAGUAUUACAGUUCAAGGUAUCCCUGUUACCCUUCUUGAUACUGCCGGAAUUCGGGAAACUGAAGAUAUUGUGGAAAAAAUUGGGGUAGAAAGAUCUGAAGUUGCUGCCUUGGGUGCUGAUGUCAUUAUAAUGACAAUUAGUGCUGCUGAUGGUUGGACAAUGGAUGAUAACAAGCUUCUGAGUAGAUUUCAAUCUGCUAAGGAUAUGAGAUCUUUUACUCCAAUAAUCCUUGUCAUCAACAAGAUAGAUUGUCUUCCAGCUGCAUGUGCUGAAAGCUUCAGUGUCGAUGAUGAUCAUUUUGCUAGGUGUAUAUCUACAUGUGCUGUCACUGGUGAAGGACUGGAAGAUCUGGAGAGGGCAGUAUCAGAGGUUGUGGGUCUCAACAGCAUUACUUCUGGGGGGCGAAGAUGGACUGUAAACCAGCGACAAUGUGAGCAGUUGGUACGUACCAAAGAGGCUUUAUUGAGGUUAAAAAUAUCAAUGGAAGAAGAACUGCCACUGGAUUUCUGGACAAUUGAUUUGAGAGAAGCAGCAUUGGCUCUAGGCCAGAUUAGUGGCGAUGACAUAUCUGAAGAAGUCUUAUCAAGUAUCUUCAGUAAGUUUUGCAUCGGUAAAUAAAUAGCUCUCUCCAUGUUUAUGCCCUUAAAGUUAUCUAUAGCCACCCUAGGUAGUAAACCUUGUUAAGAGACACUACUGACUACCACCAUAGGGCAUGGUAUAUUGGACUAUUGGUUGGUGGUGAUGUGCUAAGUUAAAGAUUGGAAAAGGUGCUCCGACAAAGAGAGGGCUGAAAGAGGGUAGAGUUCUUUUAGCCUUCAAUUUUUUCCUUAAUUUGUUUGGUGGGGAUGAGGGGUGGUUGUGGUCCGCGAUUUCGACUGAAAGGUUACAUCAUUCAGACUUUCUUUCUGCAGUGUACAUGUCAAUACCAAAGACCGUAUUCUCUCUCAGUAUUUUUCUAGUUUGCUGCAGUCUAGUAAUCAUAUUAUCCCUUGUACUUUUUGAGCAAGAACUACACCAUCUUGACAUUUAGGUUUGCAAAUCCAUAAACCUCAGUAGUUUUUAAAA